AUGCACCGGAUUCGCUCGUGGGCAAAAGCUCACGCCUCCAACCGCGACGUCGCUGCCCCGCCUGCCGACAACGCUCGAAGAGAUCAGGACGAUGAAAAGGCCCCUGCCACGCAACGAAACACGGACCUGACACAAGAUAAUCCUGGAGCCAGCGCUGACCCCGGAGGAGCAAAAGGGACAGAGGGUAGCCCGAAUGCCCUCACGCGAACAAAAGACGGUAUCAUUCGCUGCUUUGUGAAGCACACCAAAGAUGCUGUCUGCUACAGCUGGGUCAAUGUGCUCCUUGUGUUCGUGCCGGUCGGCAUUGCUGCCGAGGCAGUCCAUCUGAGCCCGGCGGUCAUCUUCGCCAUGAACGCCGUCGCCAUCGUCCCCCUGGCUGGCCUGUUGAGCCAUGCCACCGAAAGCGUGGCCAGUCGGCUUGGAGAUACGGUUGGAGCUCUGCUCAAUGUGACGUUUGGCAAUGCGGUGGAGUUGAUCAUCUUUGUUGUGUUGACUGAUUUUGAACAGCAUAAUGAAAUCCGGAUCGUCCAAGCGUCGCUUCUCGGCUCGAUACUGGCGAACCUGUUGCUCAUAUUGGGGAUGGCAUUUCUGCUAGGAGGUCUCCGUUUCCAGGAACAGCACCGUCACCCAGAUGAGUGCAUGCCUUCUCAGUCUGAGUGUGACCAGUUUACUUCUGCCGGUAAGCCGUGUAACAUGAAAUAUCCUCGGCAAUUCACCAGCUCAUGGCUUCAACAGACCGCAUUCCAUGCCUCCUGGUCCAACAACGACACCGCAGAUAAAUACACGCUCAAAAUCAGUCGCGGCACCAGCGUGGUUCUCCUUCUUGUCUACGUGUUGUACAUCCUCUUUCAACUCAAGUCUCACGCCUAUCUUUAUGCCAGCAUACCCCAGCAAAUUGUCGACGAGGAAUCCCACCCUGGCAUCCUGGCUGACGUCAUGGGAGGGUCAAGUGGUUCUGACUCCAGCAGUUCUGGAGAUGAUACUGACGACUCGUCGACAUCGUGGACUACGGCAAAACGUCUCAAGAGGGCGAUCAACAAGCGAAGGCGACGGCGGUCAAGUACGAGCUCGGAAACCAGUUCAACUGAAUCGCCGGAUAGUGACAAGGGAAAGAGCGCUCUUCCCGCUAGUGAAGGCGGCGACGAAGCUGACCACGAUGCUGACAACAAGCCUCGAGCUCGAGAUUUUGGAAUGCAGCCCAGCGGUUCAACCAGCCCUCGGCCAUCUCGUAAGGCGAAUAGAAGCGUAAAGACGAAACGGCCUCAGACAGCAAGUGCAGUGAACGUUAUUGAGCAGCCUCCAAGCGCCAGUGCUCCCCAAAGUCCCGCAAAAAGAGACGAUCUACCGGAGGAGAGUGGCAAGAGAAAAUCUCCUCUCGCGCUCCGUCCUCUCAUCCCGUCCCUGCUAUCCAACACAGUCUUCUCUAGUCAAAACCCGCCUACCUCUUCUGGAGGCGCUGUGCCCAUGAGGCGAACCCAGUCUUUGCCGGCCCGCAUGACCCCAGGCCCUCGGGUUGGAAAUGCGGUUCAAUACGCGCGAACCGCUGCUCGUAUUCGCCCUACUAGUGCUGAUAACCGGGCGGUGCCCGAUACGCCUCCCGAGCCGGAGAUGUCCCGUACUGCGGCGGUGGUCAUGCUGCUGUUGUCUACGGGGCUUGUGGCUGUCUGUGCGGAAUUCCUGGUUGACAACAUUCCCGAAAUGAUCGCAAGUUCGGCCGUGAGCCAGGCGUUUAUCGGUCUGAUCGUCCUGCCCAUCGUGGGUAAUGCUGCCGAGCAUGUUACGGCAGUGACGAUGGCCACGAAGAAUAAAAUGGAUUUGGCGAUUGGAGUCAGUGUAGGAAGCAGUAUUCAAAUCGCGAUUUUCGUGACGCCCCUGGUGGUAAUAAUAGGAUGGUUCCUGAACAAAGACAUGACGCUGUAUUUCACGCUUUUCGAAACCGUUUCGCUCUUUGUCACGGCCUUUGUGGUCAACUAUCUUGUGUUGGACGGUCGGAGUAAUUAUCUGGAGGGGGCGUUACUGAUUGCAGCUUACACUAUCAUCGCUGUCGCAGCGUUUUUCUACCCCGACGGAACCGAUGCGAGUGAUUUGGGAGGCUCUGGAAUGGAAUAA